AUGUUUUUACCGGUGUCCGAUAGCAGGACCCUUUCAAAGUCAUGUCUCUAGGAACUCUUGGUGGACUGGUAGAGCUGUCUAUGCAGGCAACUAUUGGAGCUUCAGAGCCUUGGCCAGAAGAUGUUAUUCUUUAUCAACAGUAUCAACUGGAGCAGAUAACUUUGCCUGACUAUGCACAGUGCCUUGCAGUGGAGACUUUCUUACACAUGUGUGGUCUCAAGUUUCGUGUGGAACAAAGAACAAAUGCAGAAGAGAUGUCACCAUCCGGGAAAGUACCUUUCAUUCAAGUGGGGCCUUAUUUAGUUUCUGAGUUUGAGCCAGUGGUAGGAUUUGUCAAUACAAAGGGCUUCUAUCUAACUCGAGAAAUGCCAGACAAUGAAAGAUCAGAAAUGAGAGCCUACAUGUCAAUGAUUGAAAAUAUUCUUGGCAAUGCUGAGCUGUACAUGGCUUGGCUGAAUCCUGAAAUUGCAAAUGAGGUGACUAAACCGCGCUAUGGUUGUUCAUAUCCUUGGCCUUUGAGUUGGAUCCUACCCUGGAGAAAACAGAAAGAAGUUCGAGCAAGGUUGAAAGCUAAUGAGUGGUCUAAUAAAACUGUUCCAGAGGUGUGUGAGGAAGUGAAGGUGUGCUGUCAGGCAUUAUCAGAACGACUAGACAAGAAGGAAUUCUUCUUUGGUGCUAAACCCACAGAAUUAGACGCCAUGGUCUUUGGUCACCUGUACACACUUGUGACAACAAUUUUACCUGGAGGAUAUUUCACAUCAGUAGUUCAGGAGUUCAGCAACCUGGCCAUGUUCUGUAAAAGGAUAGAGGAUAAAUACUUCAAGUUAGGAUUUGAUUAAAUAAUUUAGUAGCUUUUUGGUGAUGCAAAAUAUUGUUCUUUCACAAUAUGGAUUGUACUUUCCUUUCUUUAAAAUCUAUGAAAGGACUAUCUCAGACUAUAAAAAUGCAACUUUUCAAAACUAUUUAAAGUCAGUUUAAAGAAAUUUUUACAUUCAUGUAAAUAAAAGUAAAUAAUUAACAUUACCAAGGAUUGUAACUGUGGUUUGAGUACAGUUUAUUUGUAUAGUUGAUAUCUGACCAUGCCUAGCAAACGCCUCAUUUCCAGAGUCAAAGACAAGGAUUUCAUGAAGACAUGUGGCUUUAACUAAGACUGUUAGAUCUUAUUAAAGUUUAUUUAAACAAAAACUUAACUCAAUUUUUUUUUCCUUGCAAGUUAAUUUAAUUAUUUUUUUUUUCAUCUCAUUACUUUUGAUCUGAACAUGGCACAUUAAAUGUGGCAUGGGUUGAUUGACUCUUGGUAGAUUUGUUCAGAAUUUUUUGUUUAUGUUUGAACAACCAUGAGUAAAGUAGCUUUUGGUUCGUAAAAUUAUUUUUAUCAGAUUCCUCAUUUUCAAUAAUGUAUCAAAUAAAUGAUGUAAAAAUGUAACUCAAAUGUUUCAUUAACAUUGAUUGUUUAAAUGACAAGUUGAUAGUUAAUUUAAGUACAAGUUAAAAUGAGCAGCAGUUUGGUAUUACAUAUAUGUUCAGUAUUAGUGUUCGCUAACCUAAUUCAAUAUGACAGACUGUUUCAGGGAUAUGUACAUCAUUUUGAUGCUGUUUGCUGUCCAAUCAAUACUUUUACAAACACUUUUAAAUAUCCUUUAGAAUAAAGGCCAGUUGUACUUUAGGAUUAGUGCGAAGUAACUUUUCUGUGAAAUGAAGAUUCAGUCCAAACCUUCUAGUAAACAGCUGUGUUUUGAUAACAUCAGGUGACUCAUCCCUUUGUUUACCUAGCUUUAAGCUAUGAGGCAUUUCAGUGGACACUUAUAGUUUGUUGUCUUGCUCACGUCACUUAACCCCAACUUGUCUCCUGGCAAUGGUGUCUUUUAAAAAGUCUCAGUUUACAACGGAUAAUUUAAAUAUAAAUACAUCAUUGCAUGACAGUGUAGUUUGUUGGCUAGAAGAAAUCUUUAACUUUGUUCACCCCUGGUUGAAUGUUGGUUUAUUGUAUUACUUUUCUUUUAGAAUAGUUCACUUUGGUAUAACUAAAAUUAUAAUCAAGACUAGGAAGGUAAUUAUUUUGAAAUGGUGUUGUAUUACAUCUUCUUCUGCUUGAAACUAGAGUUUGACCACUUAGUAAAUGACUUUGAUAUAUUAUUCAAUGUUUAAUAUUUUAUUAUAGAGGUCGACAGCAUUAGCUGUUAAUUAAAAAUGUGAUGUUUAACAAAGUAAAUACUGACAACCUUACCUUGUUCGUUGUUUUAGAAGUUACAAGAUCAUUACAUUAUUCCUAUUUUAACUACUGCACAUUAAGUUGUAGUUAAGGUAACCUUUAAAACACUAGCACACUUUUUAACCAUGUUAUCUCAGUACCAUUGUAUUUAUUUCUCAUGUGAUUUAAAUUAAACAUUCUUCCACAUUUU